AGGCUAAAGCGACGUCGUAUUACGGCGACCACCUGUCGCCUUGAUUGAAGGCUUGAAAGUGGAAGCACAGCGCCAACAGAAGAUUAAAAUUAAAAAAGCGAUAAACGCUCUUUUAGAUUUCAAAUUUCUCAUUAUCGCUUUUCAGAGAUCGGUUACUGUUAGAAAAAUGGAGAUCGCUUCAGGUCCCUUGAAUUCGUGCUCAAAGGAGCACCAACAGAUCUACCAGCAAUGGUUCAGUGUAGCCGAUUCAGAUGGAGACGGUCGUAUCACUGGAAACGACGCCACAAAUUUCUUUGCUAUGUCGAAGCUUUCUCGGCAAGAAUUGAAGCAGGUUUGGGCCCUUGCUGAUUCUAAACGACAAGGAUUUCUAGGAUUUUCAGAGUUCAUUGCAGCAAUGCAGUUGAUUUCUUUGGCACAAGCCGGAAAAGAAUUAACUGCAGAUGUCCUUAAAAAUGGAGAUUUCACGGGGACCAUUGAACCUCCAUCGAUGGAAGGUUUAGAUGCCUCGCUUGCUAAACACAAGCCAGCAAUAUAUGUUGAGCCUGAAAUUAAUGGUUCUAGUCCUCUCAAACCAUCACCACAAGCUCAGUGGUUUAGUUCCAAAACUACAAAGAGGAUAUCUCUGAAUGCAGUGACUUCCAUAAUCGAUGGCUUGAAGAGAUUGUACAUCGAAAAGCUAAAGCCAUUGGAAGUUACCUAUCGUUUUAAUGAUUUUGUAUCUCCUCUACUGACUAACAGUGAUUUCGAUGCCAAACCGAUGGUUAUGCUUUUGGGUCAGUAUUCUACCGGAAAAACAACGUUUAUAAAACAUUUGCUUAAGUGUGACUACCCAGGAGCUCACAUAGGACCAGAACCUACAACAGACAGAUUUGUUGUUGUGAUGUCUGGAGCUGAUGAAAGGAGUAUACCUGGGAAUACUAUUGCUGUUCAGGCUGAUAUGCCAUUCAGUGGUUUGACAACAUUUGGUGGAGCUUUCUUGUCGAAAUUCGAGUGUUCUCAAAUGCCACAUCCGUUGCUAGAUCAAAUUACAUUUGUGGACACUCCUGGGGUGUUAUCUGGUGAAAAGCAACGGACACAAAGGAGCUAUGAUUUUACUGGGGUUAUCUCAUGGUUUGCAGCAAAAUGUGAUCUAAUUCUUCUCCUGUUUGAUCCUCAUAAACUUGAUAUCAGUGAUGAAUUCAAGCGUGUGAUUUCGUCUUUGCGUGGCAAUGAUGACAAGAUACGCGUUGUUCUGAAUAAAGCGGACCAAGUUGAUACGCAACAGUUGAUGAGAGUUUAUGGAGCGCUGAUGUGGUCACUUGGAAAAGUUCUGAAUACUCCAGAGGUUGUGCGUGUUUACAUUGGCUCGUUCAAUGAUAAACCUAUCAAUGAAGCAACUGUUAAUCCUAUGUUCCGAGAACUCUUUGAGAAGGAGCAAUAUGAUCUCCUCAUGGACUUAGUCGAUAUCCCAAAGAAAGCUUGUGAUCGUCGUAUCAACGAAUUUGUAAAGCGUGCUAGAGCUGCCAAGAUGCAUGCCUAUAUAAUUAGCCAUCUUAAGAAAGAGAUGCCGGCAAUAAUGGGCAAAGCUAAGGCUCAGCAACGCCUUAUAGACAAUCUGCAAGACGAAUUCGCAAAGGUACAAAGGGAGUUCCAUCUACCAGUUGGGGAUUUCCCAAAUAUUGAGCACUUCAAGGAGGUUUUGAAUGGUUAUAGCAUAGACAAAUUUGAAAAGUUGAAGCCUAAAAUGAUUCAAACUGUUGAUGACAUGCUUGGUUAUGACAUCCCGGAGCUCUUGAAGAAUUUCAGGAAUCCUUAUGAUUAAAAUGAUCUACAAAUCAUAUUAAGAUCUUGAGCUUUAUUUACUAUUGCUAUUUGUUGUUUUGCAAAUCAAUUUUUUUUUUUUUUGUGUUCCAACAUGUACAUUAUCCAAUGUUGUUAGUACCUAAAUCGACUUGGUUGGGUAAUGUGGUUGGCCAUAUAUAUGCAAUAGCCUUUGCUCUCGUGUUCCUCUUUAGAAAUGAAGUCGCAGAUUACUGCUGUUAUUCCCA